UUAAAAUGCAUGAACUGAAGUGGCUAAAUAUAUGACUGGAACACAGGAGUGAGUCCCAGAGGAGCAUCGCGCGCGCACAGGUGAGACCCGACACAGUGACGUCACGGGCGUCGCGCAGGUGAGCGCGUGUUGCCGGGCGUUGACUGUUGUUAAGAGACCCGUUAUUCAUAUUCUCACACAAUCCCGCAUUUAAAUGAAAACUGCGGCUGCCGUGGACUGUCCUCAGAGCAGCCGAUUAUUGAUCCGCUGCGAACUUUGGACCGACAAACACUGCGACUCCCGCAGAACAUGAGAAGAGCCGAGCUUGUGUGAGUCCUGCUAAGAACCACCAGAACCGGGACCGAGAGUCUGUUCGCGGAGCCGAGGAUGAGCGCGAGAUAACGGUCCGGUUCGUGAUGGAGCUCGGGAACCAGUUCAGAUCGGAUCCGAAUCGAGAGCGAGCCAGCGACACUAUUCCUCGCGCCGAUCCGGAUCAGACCCAAAAAAGGAGGAGGAGCUUCCCGAAAUGGCUGAUUGGCCUCAUCUUCACCAUCAUCAUCCUCGUCUUGGCAGGAUCUUCAUCUCUUAUCUGGUACUUUCUGGAGUACAGGGUGUGGGUUCUGGAGCCGCGGCUGGUCCAGCAGUACACAGCCAGUGUUUCUAUACUCAAUCUGAACUUCUCUGUCAGUCUGUCAAGCCACGAGAGCUCAGAGUUCAGAGCGGCGGCUGCGUCUGUGCAGAACAUGGUGGAGAAGCUGCUGAAGUGCACAGACCUGUCCAGAUACUUCAACUCCAGCGCAGUGUUUGCGUUCGGGAACGGCAGUGUGGUGGCUCAUCUCUGGCUGCGUCUGUCGGUUCCUAGCAGUCGUGUGGAGACGGUGAGCAUCCAGCGACUGAACGAGAGCGUGUUCAGAGAACUGCAGCGCUUCAGCGACGCUCAGCAGAUCAGCAGAUACGAGGGUUUCCAUCUGCUGCUGCCCUCGCUCAGCUUCACCGAAACCCACCCCAAAGUUAUAGAUCGUUUUCAAGCUACGUUUG